CGGGGGUCAAAGAUAGCAUUAGAGCGUCUAAAAGCAGUGAAGCACUAAUUGCAUCAGCGACCCCUCGCUGUAAGACAGAGAGGGGCAGGGAGAGAAUGAGCAUAUGAAGGGGAUAAAGAUGUUAUGGAGUGGCCAGGGGGGGGGCUCAAGACGGGGGGGAGGGGUUGUUUUGUUGCUCGUGUUUUCUAGACGAUAGAGUCCUCUCUCGGUCGCUGCUGCGGAGCCCGUACAGCUUCGGUUCCCAGCCAUGUUCAGCAGGGUGAAGAACCUAUGGGCUGGACCGAAGCCACCAUCCCCCCCGAAGACCGCGGACACCCCUACUGCUGCCCGGGAGAAGAAGCCAGAGGAUAAGGAGAAUGAGGCUAAAAACGUGGGCACGUCUAAGGAGCCGGCUCCAGCCUCCAGCCCAGCCUCCCCACCAGCAUCAGCUCCACCUCCAGCCCCAACCCCUGCACCAGUCCAGGGUCCCGGCCCUACACCUGCACCAGCCCCAGCUCAAGCCCCUACACCUGCGCCAGCCCCAGCUCAAGGCCCUACACCUGCGCCAGCUCCAGCUCCAGCUCCAGCCCCAGCUCAAGCCCCUACACCUGCGCCAGCUCCAGCUCAAGGCCCUACACCUGCGCCAGCUCCAGCUCCAGCUCCAGCUCCAGCUCCAGCUCCAGCUCCAGGCGCUACACCUGCAGGCGAACCCGGAAAAGAAGGGCAAGAAAUGCCUCCUCCUGAGCCCCGACCCGUCGUAAUCAACCAGUACUCAGACGAGCAGCUCCUGGCCAUCGUCAAGAAGAUGAGGGAGAGAACGGAGCACUACAAGGAGAAGGUGUUGGACCAGUAUGCUUCCUCCCCCGAGAUCACUCCGCCUGUUACACCGUUGCUCGGCAAGGACCGCUACGCCCGAGUGAUGGAGGAGAGGACGAGGCAGGCGGAGGAGGACCGCGUCGUGCAGGAGGAGGCGGACAGGAAGAAGAGAGAGGAGCAGGAGCAGAAGAAGAAGGAGGCCGACCGGAAGAAGAAGGAGACGGAGGAGCAGAAGAAGGAGGAGAUGGCGGCGCUGGCGCUGGAGAAGCAGAAGGAGAGGAAGAAGCUGGCCGAGGUGGCGUUCGCCUCGGUGGACGCCGCGCUGAGGCCAGUGGAGGAGGCCAUGGACUCUGUGCUGGGACACACCAUCGACCCCUUCACAGACCGGGUGUACAUCGCGUGGCUCAGCCUGGUGACGCUGGCCUUCAACUACAACAUCUGGUUCACCACGGCCCGCCUCUGCUUCCCCUACCACACGGCCGAGGCCAUCCCCUACUGGUUCCUGCUGGACUCGCUGGCCGACCUGGUCUACCUGGUGGACUGCCUCAUCUUCCAGCCGCGCAAGCAGUUUGUCAAGGGCGGCGACGUCAUAAAAGACAGGCUGUUAACCAAGAAGAACUACAGAAACACUGAGCGUUUUAAGACUGACAUGAUGUGUCUCAUACCAUUUGAUCUGUUGUACAUGCAAUUUGGCUUCAAAUCCAUCUUCAGAGCAAAUCGCCUGCUAAAGGCAGACACGUUCUUUGAGUUCAGUGAUCGUUUGGAGAGCCUGAUGACCAAAGCCUACAUCUGGAGAGUUAUUCGGACGAUUGGCUACCUUCUCUUCAUGCUCCACAUCAACGCAUGCUUCUACUACGUGGCUUCAGAUUACCAGGGCAUCGGCCAGACCAAGUGGGUCUACUCUGGCAAGGGGAGCGCGUACCUGCGUUGUUACUACCACGCGGUCCGCAGUCUCAUCAACAUCGGGGGUCUUAGCGAGCCCCACACGGUCUUUGAGAUUACCUUUCAGAUGCUUAACUUUUUCAUCGGCGUCUUUGUAUUCUCCAGUCUGAUUGGCCAGGUAAAACAGCCAGAGCCGACCAAUAGGAAUACAAUGGAGAGAGAGGAGAACCCUCCCCUAAUGAGGGAUGUGAUAGGCGCUGCCACCACAGGACAGACCUACUUCCGGACCUCCAUGGACAACACCGUGUCCUACAUGGUGAACAACCACAUACCCGCUCUGGUGCAGAACCGCAUCCGUACCUGGUACACGUACACCUGGGACGCCCAGGGCAUGCUGGAUGAGUCCGAGCUGCUGGACAAAAUGCCCCUGGUAAUGAGAACUGCCAUCGCUGUGGACAUCAACUUGGCCACCUUCCAGAAGAUCGCUCUGUUUCAGGGCUGUGACCAGCAGAUGCUGUUAGACAUGUUGCUGAGGCUCAAGUCCAUCAUCUAUCUGCCGGGCGACUUCGUGGUGAAGAAGGGGGACAUCGGUAAAGAGAUGUACGUCAUCAAAAGCGGUGCGGUGCAGGUGGUGGGAGGACCGGACAACAGCAUAGUGUUUGUCACGCUGAAGGCCGGCUGUGUCUUCGGAGAAAUCAGUCUACUGCAGUCUUCCAAAGAUGGUGGCAACCGGAGAACGGCUAACGUGAAAGCUCACGGCUUCGCCAACCUCUUCGUCCUGGAGAAGAAGGAUCUGUUUGACAUCCUGGUGCACUACCCAGAGUCCCAGAAGGUGCUGGCCAGGAAGGGAAAGAAACUAAUGAAGGCCAAAGGUCCGGCGGCCAAGAUAGAAGAACAGAAGAAGACGGGUCUGGCACUCUUCGGACCCAAACCCCCCACUCCCAAACUCCUGCGCGCUUUCGGUGGGAACUUCAACAAGCUUCUAAAACUCAAGAACGCGGCUUCAUAACGUGGAAUCCGAGGCCAUAUGUUUUUUGUAAUUUCUUAUUCUUUGUUGCUUUAAUGGAGGUGAAUGUACAGUGUGUUUUGAACCUUCCUGUCAUGAGUUUGCGUAGAUGUCUCUUAGGCUGGGUAAUUUGGUUGGUGUGAGAUAUUUGAAAGAGAUUCUACAAAUGUAAAUAUAUUCACUCGCUUGUGGGGAUGAUAUUUUGUUGUUAUAUUAUUAUUAUGUUAUACUCAUUUUAAAUAUAAAGUUGUAUUCGUCCUUUUCGUUGCCAUCACUUUUUAUCAGUUUGCUAAUAAUACACAAUAAUACAGUGCCUAACAUAAGGAUGAUAUUUUAUAGCCAGGUUUCCAAAUGACAUGGCAAAACAUAACUAGAUUUGUGCUUUGCGUUGUCUGCAAUAACAUCUUUGUGAAUAAAUCUAUUAUCCUGCUA